GUUGCGGAAACCGGCAGGUGGAUGGAGUUGGGGUGCAGGGUGUGGAGUGGCCGCUGACAUUAACACUGCACUCGCUCAUUUUCAGAUACAAUUGGGAAGUUUGUUGUGGAGUUCAAGACUUGCUUGGAGUUUGAGGAGGAUGGGAGUAGUCGGGUGACUGAGUGAGUGUAGGCGGCCCCCGGCAGGGAGGGAGGUCUCCCCUGGGCUGAGGAGGAGGAUUCACCGCCACAGAUUGCCGGCUUCCUGUUCUUACCCCCACACCCUCCGCCAUCCUCUCGCUGAUCCUCGUGUCUUCCUCUCCUGGCUGAGGGAUGGCUUUCGCCAACUUCAAAAGGAUUUUGAGACUUUCCACUUUUGAGAAGAAGAAAUGCAAACAGUACGAACACGUCCGCAGGGACUGCAACCCCGAGGAGAGCUGGCAAGUGCUCGGGGAGCUGGGCGAUGGCGCCUUCGGCAAGGUUUACAAGGCCAUAAACAAAGAGAAUGGAGUCUUAGCUGCUGCAAAGGUCAUCGAGGUGAAGAGUGAAGAAGAACUUGAAGACUAUAUGGUGGAAAUCGAGAUUCUGGCCUCUUGUGACCAUAUUUACAUUGUUAAACAGCUGGAUGCUUUCUUUUAUGAAAAUAAGUUAUGGAUUAUGAUCGAGUUCUGUCCUGGUGGUGCAGUGGAUGCAACAAUGUUGGAAUUGGAUCGUGGACUGACUGAACCACAGAUCCGUGUUGUUGCACGUCAGAUGCUAGAAGCCAUUGAGUAUCUUCACAGCCAGAAAAUCAUCCAUCGGGACUUAAAGGCAGGGAAUGUUCUACUCUCCCAGGAUGGCAAUAUUAAACUUGCUGAUUUUGGUGUUUCAGCAAAAAACACAAAAACAAUGCAAAAGAGAGAAACUUUCAUUGGAACACCCUAUUGGAUGGCCCCAGAAGUGGUGAUGUGUGAGACCAUGAAAGAUACUCCAUAUGAUUAUAAAGCUGAUAUCUGGUCGUUGGGUAUAACAUUGAUUGAAAUGGCUCAGAUAGAGCCACCUCAUCAUGAGUUAAACCCAAUGAGAGUUUUGUUGAAAAUUGCCAAGAGUGAUCCUCCAACGCUGGACCAUCCAUCAAAAUGGUCUAAAGAUUUUAAAGAUUUCCUCAAGCAAGCACUGGAUAAGAAUCCAGAUACCCGCCUUAGUGCAGCUCAGCUAUUGCAGCACCCUUUUGUGAGCAGUGUCAGCAAUAAUAAACCACUGAGGGAAUUGGUGGCAGAGGCAAAAGCUGAAGUGAUGGAGGAAAUAGAAGACAAUAGAGAGGAAGCAGAAGAUGAUGACUCAUCAGAACCAUUAUCACCCUUUCCAGGUCACACACGUGGUCUUUCUGAAUUGAGCCAAAUCAGUCUGGAAGCGGAUAAAAUUCCAAAAAUCCUAGAGCCUUUAGAAACCAACAGUGCUGCCUCUGAAGUUACAAAAGAUCAGACUGAUAAGGCCAAUGAAGGACUAUUGGAUGAGGGUAUAUGCAGCAGUGACAGUGACAAGGCAGAGAGCGAGAACUCAGUGAAGACUAUCAGCUCAGACUCUGGAACUGAUGACAGUAAAAUUAGCCCAUGUGCAAGGGACAAGCCUAAAAUGGACUUGGGGACUGAUGAUGGAAAAUCAAAUGAGGCCAUAAAUGCUUCUGCACAAACCUCAGAAGUGAACGAGGUAUCAGAACAGAAUUCCACUGAACAACAAAAUUUGACAGACAAUUCUGGGACUCUCCAGCCAAGAGAUAUACCAAUUUCUGAGGACCCUGCUGAUUCAAAGAAUGAGAAGGAAUUGCUUACCGAAACAACAAAAGAAAGUAAAUCUGAUAAGCAGGUCGCUCUGGUUCCAGAUUCAUUGGCACUCAAUGGAGCAGUAGAUUCUGCCAACAUACAGUCGAGGAGAGAUUCCGAUUUGGGUAGCGUAUCUGCUUCCGAUAGCAUUGAUUUGAACAUUUCCCUUUCAGCUGAUCUCUCUUUAAACAAGGAAACUGGUUCUCUAUCAAUACGGGGCAACAAGGCAAACAACAAGACUCUGAAAAGAACGAGAAAAUUUGUUGUAGAUGGAGUGGAAGUGAGUGUCACUACAUCAAAAAUUAUUGGGGAGGAUGAGAAGAAAACUGAGGAAAUGCGAUUCCUAAGGCGUCAGGAGCUGCGAGAGUUACGGUUACUUCAGAAGGAGGAACACCGGGCUCAAACACUACUCAAUUUCAAAUCGCAGCAGCAGUUAGAGCAAAUGCUUCGUCGUUUUGAACAGGAGAUGAAUGCAAAGAAGAAGUUCUUUGACACAGAGUUGGAAAAUCUGGAAAGACAGCAAAAGCAACUGAUUGAGAAAAUGGAACAGGAACACACAAACCGCUUACGCGAUGAGGCCAAACGAAUCAAAGCUGAGCAAGAAAAGGAAUAUUCCAAAUUCAUUGAUCAGCUGAAAACUCAGAAGAAAGAGGUAAAGAGUGAAGUUGAAAAACUUCCCAGAAACCAACGCAGAGACAACAUGAAACAAAAAAUGGGAGAAUAUGCACAGAAGAAACAAACACAGGAGCAGGACUUUCAAUCAAAACAGCAUCAAGAGCUGGAUAUUGCAUUGAAAAAAAUAAUUGCACAGAACAAGAAGGAAAUUUCUGACCAGGAAAGAUUGUGUCUUUCAAAGAAGCAGCAGCUGAUGAGAGAAAGGGAGGCUGCCAUCUGGGAACUGGAAGAGCACCAUCUGCAGGAGAAACAUCAAUUCCUCAAGCAGCAGUUAAAGGAUCAAUACUUUCUGCAAAGACAUCAGUUACUGAAGAAACAUGAUAAGGAGUUGGAGCAGAUGCAACGUUAUAAUCAGCGAAUGAUUGAGCAGCUAAAGAUCAGACAGCAACAGGAAAAGAACAGACUUCCCAAAAUCCAAAGAAGCGAAGGAAAGACAAGAAUGGUGAUGUACAAGAAAAGUCUGCGCAUUAACUCCACAGGGAGCCACACAGAAGACAGAGAGAAAAUCAAGCAGUUUGGACAGCAAGAAGAGAAAAGGCAAAAGAUGGAAAAGCAAAAUCAGCAAAUAAAGCAUGAAACCCAAAUGAGAGACAUGCAACAUACAUGUGACAAUAAUAUCCAAGAGCUCCAACAACUACAGAAUGAAAAGUGCCAUCUUCUAAUAGAACAUGAGACCGAAAAGUUAAAAGCACUUGAUGAAAAUCAUAACCAGCAACUCAAGGAAUGGCAAGAGAAGCUGAGGCCAAGAAAGAAAGCUUUGGAAGAAGAACUGACCCAGAAGAAAAAGGACCAGGAGGCCUUCUUUAAAAUUAGUGAAGAAGCAGAGUGUCAGAGUCCAAGUUCUCCAAACAAGGUUGCCAAAUUCUUUCCCUUUACUUCAGAAUCAUCCUAGGGAAGAUCAGGACUACGUUACUUCUCUAAGAACUCAGGAUUACAGAGAUAUGAACAAGUCUUUAAUUUAUAUUUUCUAAACUGAAAUUUGUUGAUGUUUUCUGAAUUAAAAGGGGAAGAAAUGCUGUAUUUACUACUGAUAUCACAAAUAAUAUGAACCUUUGGAUGUUAUUGUGUUCAUCAGAGGACAUUGCUAUGUCAGAAACGUACACGUGCAGAUGUACAUAAGUAUUCUUUAGUUGAGAGAUACUUUUCUGUGUCUACUUCUGAAUUCUUUGCUUAUUUUUCAGAGCUUCCUUGUCAAUACAUGAAAAGCUAACCAAGUAAGAUAAUGCAAAAUUAUAGAACAAGUUUUUUUUUUAAAAGAUGUUAUUUAGUUCAUAUUAUCAAAGAAUUUUUUACUAAAUAUCCUUAAUACCUAAUGAGUUAAUGAAGAACUGGGUUCAAAAGAAAACAAAUCCUGUUCAAGUGAACGACUGUAAUUAAAAAAAAAUCUGCCAAUAAAAGUUAUAAUCUACAGCA